AUGCUCUCUCGCAAGCACCGGCCGGCGCCCUCGGUCAAGUCGCUGCCUAUCAGCCCUCCGCUGCCCUUCCCGCCCGCCUACUAUCACCAGCACGGCCAUGAGCACCAGCACCACCACCACCACCACGCCAGAGACGCAAAGCAAGCCCCAGACCACGCAGAGAUAUAUCCCCAGAUGGCGCCGCGCGACUAUCCAGACUAUGCGGCCGUGCCAGGCCCUGCGCCGGACGUCAGCCUUGCCGUCGAGCAGUCCUACUUCGACCUGCGCGGCCAGCAGCAGCAUCACCAGCACCAGCACCACCAGCAGCAUCACCUUCAUCAGCAUCAAGGACGCCAUGAACAAUACCCCUUCAGCCCAAAUGACUACAGCUACGAGUUCAACAGCUACAGUGCGCCCCGUCUGCCGCCCUCGCCGCCGACCUCUCCGCCCUAUGUGGCCGCCGCGCCCCGGGAGGACAGGGACAGCUACCCGGCCUCGCUGGCCUCGCUGCCUCGCUCGCUAAAGAGCGCCGGCCACAGGCGGGGGACUCGGUCGAUGGGCAGUGCGACGGCCGUCUCGCAGCCCUCGCGGCUCAGCCGGGGCGGCAGCGCUACCACGGACGUUGGACAGGCCUCGGAUGUGUCGAUAGACCUGACAGACAUGCUCUCGGACAAGCUGGACGAGGUCAUCAACCAUAUGGACAUGCAGGUCUUUAGCGGCCGCGAGAGAGACCUCUAUGUUGAUGCUGGCCCGGCCGGCCCUGAUGCGGCCUCCAAGACCAGCUCCGGACGCAGCUUUCUGCGCUCUUCCUCCUCAGCCUCCCACAAGACGAACUACUUUGCAAAGGCAUACCACUACGCAAACUCCCGGCUGCCACCUAAACUCGUCCCUCUCAAUCUGUUCAUAUCAACAUGGCCGCUGCUAUGUCUGGCUGCCCAAUCGUCCCAGAGCGCUUACAACCGUCCCUCGUCUGUUGAGCGGGAGACUCACGUCGAAGGAGACCCUUACCUGGGCACCAAGGCCAUGGUCAUCAAGUCCGUUGCCCUCGAUCAUAUGAAUCUCAUCGUCUUUGCUGUCAGAGGGACCACCCGCUCCUCCUUCACCGACUGGGCUACCAAUAUGAAUGCGGAGCCCGCAACUCCCACCGGGUUCCUCGAUGACCCGGGUAACCUCUGCCACGCCGGCUUCCUUUCAGUGGCUCGAAAGAUGGUCCGUCCAGUGGCUAUGCGGCUUGAGCAGCUCUUGGCCGAGAAUCCCGCUCGAUCAAAGUUCUCUCUUGUCAUCACAGGCCACUCUGCUGGCGGUGCCGUUGCCAGCUUACUUUACGCUCAUAUCCUCUCCUCCACCCUGCGUUCGGAGCUGAUAUACCUCCGUGACCGUUUCAAGCGCAUCCACUGCUUUACCUUUGGCUCUCCACCGGUAUCCCUGCUGCCGAUCAACAAACCGUCAGACCCACGGUACGCCAAAUGGCUCUUCUACACUUUUGUCAACGAAGGCGACCCGGUCUGCCGCGCGGACAAGCCAUAUAUCCGUUCCCUCAUCAACCUCUACAAGUCGCCUGCCCCUUCAACCCAGGGCAGCAGAUCUCGCUCGUCCACGACCAGCAGCAAGCCAAGCAAGCUAGGAUUCCUCAAGGAUCGUCGAGAGAGCACUGACAAAUCCGACUUUGAACCGGAAGUCACCUGGCCUAUACCCUCGCCCACUCUCACCUUACCAGGCUGCCUGAUCGUUCUUCGUGGAGAUAAGCACAACCCUAGAGACAAGGAUGUAGUGGAAGCCUACCUGACAAACAACGAGCAGAUGGCUGGCGUUGUCUUUGGAGACGUUAUGAUGCAUAUGAUGACCCUUUACGAGCGGCGUAUCCAGCUUCUGGCCACGGAUGCCGUUACCGCCAGAGCUGCUCGAUGA